GAUGUAGUUGGACUCGAGAUCGGCUCCCUCCAGACGUUUUUGUAGGCUCUACACAAAAGCAAUGCCUCAUGCUUCCCCCUGCUGGCCCUGCAGUGAGCUGCCUGGUUUCAGAGCACAGAUUUCUGCCCAGGUUGGUAGGUAAAAUAGAGAGGCCGUGCGUGCGUUAUGGGCUGGCGGAAAGAGCCUGAUCAACAGAUGGAUGGGGUCUCUAAACUGCAGCGUGGGGACAAUCUGGGCCCAUCGCUUUGCUUUGGGGCAAGAGAGAGUGCGUCCAAUCUAAGGACCUUCAGCUGAUGGCCCCAGUUAACUGCAACAGGCCCAGCUCCCUGCUGAAUGCACAGCUGGAUCAGGGACUGCUGCCACUAGACACCCCCGCCCCCUUGCCUCCAGCCAGUGGUUUCUGCCUUGCAGCUGGCAGUUAGGCGCCUGUUCGGAUCAGAAGGAAGCCAGCUGUGGUUUGCAGUGGGGAGCGUUAGCCCCCGUCCGGCAGCCUGAUUGGCUGCGCGUCAUACGAGUGCUCUGCCCUGCCCCGGCUCUCAGGCUGAGAUGGCAAAGGUGGUGGAAUAGCCACCCGCAGAGGCUCCCCCACAGCGCGGAGGCUGCAGCUGCCAGGAUGCCGCGCUCUUUCCUGGUGAGAAGCAAGAGGGGCCCAAACCACUCAGGGCAGCGACCGGAGGGGCUUGGCGACCCAGCCUGGGGAGCACCCCGAGCAGGGCCGGCGCUGGUCUGGCCCCCCGAGUUGGGGCAGGGGGCAGAGGAAGGGAGCAGAGCCCAUCCCAGGACCUUGGCAAACUGGGGGGUGCAGGAUAGGGAUGGGGCAACCAGCCAGGCACGGCGCAGCCCCCCCUCCGAAAUGGACUUCAGCCAGAGCUGGGCCUGUCGGCCCCUGCCAGGCGUGAGCAGCCCCCCAGAUGGGUCGUUCAAGCCCUUCUGGAGCAGCUAUCGCAGCCCUGAGCUGAAGCAGCUGGUGCAGAGCGUCCUGCCGCCGGCUCUGUGCUCCAGGAGGGAGCUGGGAGGGGACGCCGAGGAGCCCUCUGGCCUCUUGGGAUCUCUCCUGCUCCUCUCCAAGCCACCACACAGGUGCAGCUGCUGUGACAAGGGCCUCCCUGCAGCUCAGCGGCUAGGCAGCCACCUGAAAUGCUCAACGCUCUGCAGCCCCAUGGCCCCGUGGGGGAUGUGUGGACACCCAGGCAGCCUGCAGCACCAGCCUGCCCCUCCCUGCCCGGGCAAAGGGAAGCCAGAGGUGAGGAGUUUCCCCUGCCGGAUCUGCGGGAAGCAGUUCAAGCGCUCAUCCACACUCUCCACCCACUUGCUCAUCCACUCGGACACGCGCCCCUUCCCCUGCCCCUUCUGCGGGAAACGCUUCCACCAGAAAUCCGACAUGAAGAAACACACCUUCAUCCACACCGGUGAGAAGCCUCACAAAUGCCAGGUGUGUGGCAAAGCCUUCAGCCAGAGCUCCAACCUCAUCACCCACAGCCGCAAGCACUCCGGGCACAAGCCCUUCGCCUGCUCCCUCUGCCCCAAGGGCUUCCAGCGCAAGGUGGACCUCCGGCGCCACCAGGAGACCCACGGGCUCUUCCACAGCCCCGGGGGUGGCCAGGCACUGGGUGCCCUCCGCUAGGGGCCAGACAGGUGGGAUCUGGGACACCCGGCCUGCAGGGGGAGCUGUAGAGGCCAGAGGAGAAACCCCAGAGCUGAGGGGGGCUCCUAGAUCAUCCCCCAAGCUGCCAUCGCACCCCACCCCCCCUCGCCUGGCAGGUGCUGCUGGGCCCCACAGCCACCACGUGACGGAGCCGACAGCCGGCAGAAGGACUCAGUUGCCUGCCCUUCGUGGCCCCCUCGUGCCAGCCAGACCUUCGGUCCCCCUAUAGCUGAAGGUGGGCACAGUGGGACAGUCAGGGGCACUGUCUGGGGCAAGGGGGGAGCACCAGCCUGGUUUGGCUCCUGGCAUGAGCAUCUCCCCUGGGGGCUGGGAUGGGGGAGAGGGAGGGCUGAGCUGUGGGGCUGUGCCCCCCGACGCAGGGGAGAGAUGUGAGCCGGGCUCUGCCCUGCGCCCCAGUAAGCAGAGAUGGCUCCUUGGCCCAUCGCUGUAACCCUCCCCCGGCUGCCGGCGGAGAAUUAAAGGACGUGAGUGGAAAGCA